AUGAUUGUCACUAUUGUUUUAACGAGUUUGAUGUUGACGUACGAUGUGGUUUAUGGAAAUUAUUAUCAUCACAACAGAAACACUACUCUUCACAAAUAUGGGCCCAAUGUUUGCGCUGUCGAAGAGAUUUCGUCAGGGAACGGCGGCGAGACUACGUACAGAGAGCGUGGAUGGCCAAUAGAUGAUCGCCAGCAUAGAACUUGUGGACAGAACACAAUCGUGAGGUAUGAAUGCUGCUUGGGAUUCAAGUCGAUGUAUGGGUGCCCAGGGUGCACCGGCGUAAAACCGACAAAGAACGUGUUGGAAACAGCUCAAGAACUCGGAGCCAGCGAGUUUGUCCGGUACGUCCGGCAGCACGGCUUGUACGAUUCGUUGACCAGCGGCGGCCCGUAUACGAUAUUCGUUCCCACCGACGAAGCUUUUUCCAAAAUUGAUAACGCGCAUCGGUCGGCCAUGGAGUCUUACGAAUCGGCCAUCGAGAUACUCAGAUACCACGUGGUGCCCCUGAGGAUCGUGACACAAAACGUAUCUUCCAACGAGAUGUUGAACACGUUGAACGAUGGACUUCAAUUGAGGUUUAAUAAGUACUCAACAAAAAUCGAAACUAUAAAUUGUGUUACGAUACUGCGUAAGAACCGAAUUGCUCAAAAUGGAGUGGUGCAUUUGAUAAGUUCCGUACUAAGUCCUUACAGUUAUUCAAAUCGAAAUUUGAUGCAAAUUAUCAACCAGAAUCGAGACUUAACAAUAUUUUCAAAAAUGCUCGAAGUUUCGCGUAUGCAUCAAAGUUUAAAAGAAACAUUUCAAACACUCACAGUUAUGGUGCCAACCGAUAUGGCAUUACAAAGAUUUCCACAAAAUCAACUCAGAAGGAUAUUGAGUGACGAGACACUUAGCAAGGCGUUUGUGUUAAAGCACAUAUUACCGACACCUAUUUGUUUGAGUGCUGUCACCGAAGAUCAGUACGUCAAGAGUCUGGCGGACAGCAAUAAUUACGUGAAAUUCAGCUGCGAUGUGAAGCGCACUGUGACGGCUCAAGGAAACUGUAUCAACAACGAUUUGAAAUUAUCGUCCAACGGAAUUAUUUACGCAAUAAACUUUGCACUGAGCUCCGAAGAAGGGAAAUCGGCGUUGCAGAUCAUGCAGCAUUUGGGUCUAAGCGAAUUCGUUCAGAUUGUCAACAUCGCCGGUCUCGCGCAGACGUUUGAGAAUUUUAACGCAUUAACCGUUUUUGCACCGACCAACAAAGCCUUCAGAUGUAUGAAUCCUAUGGAAAUGUAUCACAUCCGGUCCGACCCGAGUGCCGCCCGAGCGUUCGUAGAUUUUCACGUCGGGAGACAGAUGAUGACGGCCGAGAACAUUUACGACGGGAAAUCUGUCGAGACCUUUGCUCCCGGGAAGCAACUCCGUCUGCAGUGCGUCCAGAACGAGUUCGGUGUCGAAGGACGUCGGAUUCACUUUCAAACCGUGCGGGGCUACAACGGGGCCGUUCACGUCGUCGACCAUGUAUUGUAUCCGCCGACGAUAUCCGUCGAAGACCUGAUCAGGAAAAACGAUAGUUUCAGUUUGUACGCGCAAGCGAUGGACCUGGUGCUGGGCGCUUCUCCGGGGGGUCGGACGCCAUUCGAGUUCUGCAGUGGCGUGCACAAUACGUAUUUCAUACCCACGGACUAUGCGUUCAGGAAACUCGGGGCCGUCGAAUUGAACAGGUUGUUCGGCAACCCCACACGCAUGCGACAAAUCCUCGACAACCACCGGGCCGAUCGGAUCCUGCCGUCGGCGUUGAUCGGCACGCGUCAGCAGUACGAGAUAAAAACGAAAAACGAAAUCGUCCGCGUAUCCAACGAAGACGACAAGUUUAUGGUCAACGAAGCUGAAAUAAUUGAAACGGAUAUAAUUACGACCAAUGGGCUGGUCCACGUGGUCGACGAUCUGAUUUUACCACAAAACAGACGGAGAAGCGAAUGA